GCGCCACGCCCGGACGCCGCCGGCGGGGUGCUGUCCGUGCUCGAGGAGAGUACCACCCCAGCCAGAUCGUGGCGUGGCUGCACAGGCUGCUCCUGAUCGAGGAGAUGCCCGACGCGAGCGACAUACUGCCAGACAGCCUGCCAGAGGAGGACAGACCAGCUUUCUCGGGUCGACUCCGACGCGGACGCCGCGGAAAUCCGCAGGGCCUACCGGAAGCUGGCGCUCGCGACACACCCGGAUUCCCGACAAGGCCGCCGGCGACGCCCGGCAGUUCCUGCGCGUGGCGCGCGCCUACGCCACCGUCGGCGACCCCCGCAGCCGGCAGGCCUCGCGCCCCCCCCUCGCCGCCGGCGGCCCGCUGCGGCGGCCGCGGGCUGCCCGUGGCUCAUGGCGCGGCGGGACAGCCAAGGGAUCGCCAGUGAAGACCUCGCCAGGCACCACCGUGACAGAGCUGCUCCAGCAGGCGGCCCAGGCCACCGAGGACGCCGUGCUGCAGGAGGCGCUCAAGAAGCAGAUUGAGAAGAUCAGCUCCCAGGCCAAGGCCGAGUCCGAGUCGUCGGUGUCCCCGUCCGAGGCGCUCCGCAAGGCCGACGGCGCGUGGAAGAACGCGGAGCACCACCACAACCAGUGCGUGGACAACGUGCUCCGCCUGAGGCAGAGCCUCGAGGCCGCCGAGCAGCUGAUCUACCACCCCAAGGACCUCAUGGACGCGAAGGCCAAGAAGUACCAGCAGGGCCGGGACCUCGGGCGGGGCGUGCCUCGCGGCAGGCAGCCGCGGCGCUGCCCCUCGGCCUGGGCAGGCCUCGGGGCGGAGCCCCCGAGCUUUCCCAGGCCGAGUCCAGCCGUGGCGACGCUGAAGCACCCGCGUCGGCUCGGGGCUGUCCUGUACCUGGAGAAUGCCAGGCGGAAGGGGGCGUGUUUCACGCGGGAGCUGCCGCCACCGUGGGGCAGGCGGCAGGGCAGCACGGGGCCGCGGCGGGGGGCUCUCCUCGGCCAGUGCGGCGCGCGCGGCGGGCCUGCCGCGCGGCGGGCAGUGGAGCGGGCGAGGCACCGGGCCGCCGCGGCCCAGGCCGUGGCAUUGGCCGCGUCGCAGGGCACCAUGGCGAGCUGGUGCCCAGGCUUGCGCUUGCGAGGUCCUGGAGGGGGGCGCUCGCUGGCGGGCUCGCUGGACGGCGGGGCACGGGCGGCAGAGCCAGGGCAGGAGGCACGCCGCAGCAGCGGCCUGCUUUGCGCCGCCGUGCUUGCGGCGGUCAUCGCGUCGGCGGGGGUGCUGCAGCUCAGCCGGUUUGGGCUGUUGCCGUGCGGAGGCGGGCUCAGCGCGCCGGCGGGGGCCAACUUCAGCCUUGCCGAGAAGGUCAGGAAGGCGGACGCCCACGUGCUGGCGGACCCGACGCCGGGGCCCAAGUUCCGCCUUGAGACCCUGGAGAGCGUUGGCCGCGAUGACAUGCUGCAACCUGACUUCGUGGAGGCUGUUGGCGUGUUCGCGCCGACGCCGAAGGUCGAGGGCGCGCAGGAGGUCCCAGAGGACACGGCGCGCGGCGCGCGGCGGCGACGUGCUCUCGGGGCCCUCGGCGCGCAGAGAACCACGGGCUACAAGGACAGCCCGCUGGAGAAGCACGAGGAGCAGGUGAACAUCGCCGACGCGCCGGCGGCCCUGGAGGCAAGUGUGUGCUUUGGUGGAGCGCUGGUCUUGCCCGUGGUGGAAGUGCGCGCCGACGGAUCGCUGAAGGCUCUGAAGGCGCAGGAUCGUGCUCUACCUUGCGUGGCGAAGGGCCGCACAGCCAACCCCCGAGGUGUCGCACUCUUCGAAAAGGUCGCUGCUGUGCACGGGUCGCCCGUCGACUUGUCCGUCGGCGUGGUGAGGCUCAAAGUGCUGUAG